AUGGAUGAACCCAUGAAGUCAUUACAAAACUCAAGCCCGGCAUCAAAUGGGACUCAAUCUGGAAAGGAACUUAAAUUAUCAAAUAAAAACGCAUCUUCCAUUUCGUCAAUCAUUAACUCCUCAUCUGAUUCUACCACGACAAACAUCGGAAAGGAAUCAACGACAAAAGAUGUAAAUAAAAACAAAAGACCUAGAAAGAAGAGGAAGAUCUCCAGUUGUGAUGUUUGUCGGAAAUUUAAAACAAGAUGUGAUUUUGAACCUUCUCUCGGUAAAUGUCAUAGAUGUAAAGUGCUAGAUCUCGAAUGUUCACUAGAUGAAAAUGGCACCGAAUCAAACACAUAUGAGAAGUACAGUGCUGAUAAACGAUUAUUGAACCUGGAAAAUGAAGUCAAAAGCUUAAAUGCCAAAAUAGAUACAAUUAUAUCUUUAUUACAGGACUCGAAAAAUUCUUAUGAGAAUGCUGAUCAAUUAUCGAAAGCUAGUAAUAACGAGGGAACGUCUUCAACUGGAACUACCCUGCUGGAUGAAAAUACUGAAUUGUCAACCGUAGAAUCAACCGAAACAAUUACUUUACAAGGAGGAUACAAAUUGAAGGAUCCUCCAUUAAAGCUGAUAAAUGGUAUUGAUGAACGACUGUUCCCAAGUAUUGCCACAAAUAAACAAGAUCAAAUUGCCCGAGAGCAACGACCAUCCGCAGUGGCUAGGGUAGACUUUCUUAAAUUUUAUGAGAAGCAUCAAUUGUUAUGUCAUAAAUUAUCUAAAGAGUUCCUUGUUAGAUCACAUUUUUGGAUAAUACCUGGUGGUAUGAAAGAUUUAUCGGAGGAAUUUAUUCAUCAACAUUUAUUCAUUACGAGUGUUUUCACUAUAAUUGCCAUGAGUUUUGCUGACAAUGAUAAAUAUGCUAAAGAACAAGAAACUUUAUAUCCGUUGGUUGAAAGAUUACUAACCAACACUUUAACGAUGUUUGAGAAGUUGAUUCCACACGAUAUUGAAGCAAUUUUAUACUGUGCAAUGUUCCAUAUAUCCAGGAAGGCCAAAAGGUAUAGACAGUUAAAAUUCAACUCUUUAGUAUUAAUUAACUUUGCAAUGUUCAGUUUAUUGAAGAUUGUCGAUUUCCAUAAAAUUAAAGAAAGAGUGCUUAUCAAAGAGGAAUGCAAUUUAGAUGAUUUAUAUCAUUUACGAAUUUUAAACUCAUUAACAGCAUGCCAUAUAGAAUAUUGUAUCAGUUAUGGUGAAAUUUCACCACAGGAUAGCCGAAAUAAAGAAUUCAAUCAUUUGAUUGCUAAAUUUCCGCAAUCAAAUUUUGGAGAUGAUAUUAAAUUGAGUGAGAUUAAUUUAGGUGAGAUUGUUAAUAAUAUUUUUUUGGAUUUUAAGAGCUAUUUUACCAACUUUAUGGAUAUAUAUGACAAGACAAAGACAAAGGCGCAGAGCGCCGGUGGUACUAAUCCCUCCUUACACAAGAAGGAAAUGUUGAUAUUCCCAGAAUUAAACUAUUGGUUAAAGAAUUGGGAAGAAUUGUUAGCUAAAGAUGGUGGAGGUGUAUUAUUAUUUACAUUUGAUUACUAUCAUAUAUUGAUCUGCCGUUCCUUUUUUUCCGAAUACUUAGUUGAUAUGAAGAAAUCACCCAUGUUUUUGAACGAUGCCUUACAUACUAUGAAAGAACAUUCAUUUUCUCUUUUAAGAGGCUUCUUAAGAUUGCCAACAUCUCUAAUUAAAGGCGCACCAAUUUUCACUACGUCUGAGUUGGUAUAUGCAUGUUUGACAUUAUGUGAUUUUCUUCAUUGGUUUGAUCCCACGGAGAGGCAACAAGUUUUAAGUAUAUGUACUAGAGUUUAUUGGCAUCUAAAUACCAUUGGCGAGAAAUUGAACGAAGCCACAGAUAACGUUGGAAAAAUUAUCAAAUCCAUUAUUGAUACUAGUAAGAAACGUGUUAGUUUAGGUCAUUAUCCAUCGCCAAUGAAAGCACAUGUUCCACUAAUGACGAAGGCAAAGAUUGGGGAUCAUCUCCCUAAAGAUUCUCGUUCGAAAUCCAACAUAAUCAGUCAAAAUCAUACUGAUGCUAAUAAAGAAAGUAUCGAUAUUCAUAAAUUUAUGAGUUCUGUAGAUCUUACUACGCAAGAAGGAAUUAAAAUAUUGAAAUCACAUAAGAGCAACAUGGAAAAUGUAACUGCUAGAAACUUUCAUAUGCCAGAUGUUGAUAAGUUCAGCUCAUUUGAAGAUUUUUUCCAAGACUUUUUCACUAAUUUGAAGCCAAAUUCUCAGAAGAUAUUCUCCACGCCUACAAGUGAUAGCAAUACGACGACAAUACCAGGUUCCAAGGUUCCAGCUGGAGAAACACAGAGUGCUAAUCCAAUUCAACCCAAAGGUGACGUGAAGGACAAAUCAACUACGGAACUAACAGGAAUGGAAGAGAGACCACUGAACAAGUAA